CGGUUCCCGCUGCCGCCCUGGAGCGGCCGCCGCUUCUUUGUAGCGUUUCUGCCGCGUUCCAGACCCGUUUUUCACUGCGACAUGACGCAUUAGCCCGCAAUGGCGGCCGCUGGCAGGAAGAGGGAGGAUGCGGGAGAGGCUGCGCUUCCGCCGAGCGGCCCCUCGGGCACAGCGACUGCGGCCGCCAUUUCGCUGCGCUCCACAGUGUGGGUGGGGGACGCCUGGCCCUCGGAUUGGGACAGGGCUAUGGGUAGCAGAGUCCCCUUCAGCUGUACCGGGGGACACAGAAACACUUAGGUUUCCUAGAUCUAAAAGAAAGGCUGAGUUAGAGUACCCUUCCAAAAUGGCUGCUCUUAAGGAAGAGAGAGAUGUGGAAGACUACAAGAGGAAAGGAAGACGAUCCUCACAGCAGAAAUACCGUAGACUGAAUAAGGGCCAUGAGCCAAAGGAGCCGGAGCAAUUGAGAAAGCUGUUCAUUGGAGGUCUGAGCUUUGAAACAACAGAUGAUAGCUUGAGAGAGCACUUUGAAAAAUGGGGCACACUCACGGACUGUGUGGUGAUGAGAGACCCGCAAACAAAACGUUCCAGAGGCUUUGGCUUUGUGACUUACUCUUGUGUGGAGGAGGUGGAUGCUGCCAUGAGUGCUCGACCGCAUAAGGUUGAUGGACGUGUGGUUGAACCAAAGAGAGCAGUUUCGAGGGAGGAUUCUGUAAAGCCUGGGGCACAUCUCACAGUAAAGAAAAUAUUUGUUGGUGGAAUUAAAGAAGAUACAGAAGAAUAUAAUUUAAGGGAGUACUUUGAAAAAUAUGGCAAGAUUGAAACCAUAGAAGUCAUGGAAGACAGGCAAAGUGGAAAGAAAAGAGGCUUUGCUUUUGUAACUUUUGAUGAUCAUGAUACAGUUGAUAAAAUUGUUGUUCAGAAAUACCAUACUAUAAACGGACAUAACUGUGAAGUGAAAAAAGCACUCUCAAAACAAGAGAUGCAGACUGCUAGCUCUCAGAGAGUAAAAUAUUUUGUAGGUCGUGGGGGGGGCUCCGGCAACUUCAUGGGUCGUGGAAACUUUGGAGGCGGUGGAGGGAACUUUGGCCGAGGAGGAAACUUUGGCGGAAGAGGAAAACACUCUCAUCUGUUUUGUGUUCCAGGAGGCUAUGGGGGUGGUGGUGGCGGUGGUGGGAGCAGAGGAAGCUUUGGGGGUGGUGACGGAUACAAUGGAUUUGGUGAUGGUGGCAACUAUGGAGGUGGUCCUGGCUAUGGCAGCAGAGGAGGUUAUGGUGGUGGUGGCGGACCAGGAUAUGGAAACCCAGGUGGUGGAUAUGGAGGUGGAGGAGGAGGAUAUGAUGGCUACAAUGAAGGAGGAAACUUCGGUGGUGGUAAUUAUGGUGGAAGUGGAAACUACAAUGAUUUUGGCAAUUACAGUGGACAACAGCAGUCUAACUAUGGUCCCAUGAAAGGUGGUGGCAGCUUUGGUGGCAGAAGUUCAGGCAGUCCCUAUGGUGGUGGCUAUGGAUCUGGAAGUGGAAGUGGGGGCUAUGGUGGUAGAAGAUUCUAAAAAUGCUACCAGAAAAAGGGCUACAGUUCUUAGCAGGAGAGAGAGCGAGGAGUUGUCAGGAAAGCUGCAGGUUACUUUGAGACAGUCGUCCCAAAUGCAUUAGAGGAACUGUAAAAUCUGCCACAGAAGGAACGAUGAUCCAUAGUCAGAAAAGUUACUGCAGCUUAAACAGGAAACCCUUCUUGUUCAGGACUGUCAUAGCCACAGUUUGCAAAAAGUGCAGCUAUUGAUUAAUGCAAUGUAGUGUCGAUUAGAUGUACAUUCCUGAGGUCUUUAUCUGUUGUAGCUUUGUCUUUCUUUUUUCUUUUUAUUUUCCCAUUACAUCAGGUAUAUUGCCCUGUAAAUUGUGGUAGUGGUACCAGGAAUAAACAAAUUAAGGAAUUUUUAACUUUUCAAUAUUUGUGUAGUUCAGUUUUUCCACAUUUAGUACAGAGAACUAUAACAGAAAUAAAAUGUAGUUUAGGGUGUUUCCUUGUUAGUUAAUAGAGAGGAUUAAUGCAUUUCUCAAUUACUAUUUUGUAUUAAUUUAAAGUUAACAAUAGAAACACCUAUUGAUUUGCAGUCUUAAGGGGUCUAGUCUCAGUGUAUAUAUGUAACUGUCAUUGACAUGAGUUACAUAGGCAUACAGAGGGAAAACAUCUGUAUGUUGCAUUAUAGUUUGUUUAGAUGUAUAACUAGGAUUGAGUUACUCAAAUUAGUGUUUGUGAAUUAUAGAACUAAGCUUUACCUUAAUGAAAAUUUCAAAUUACUUUUUGGUUUGUGCAUAUUUUUUUAAUUUGUAGUUCUGUAUUAGUACUAGCGCUUCAAGAAAAUAAGGCAUGAUAAAUAUUUUAACAAGACCAACUUUAGACACAUUAAAGCUGUCUCCCGUCUCAUUUGAGAUGUAUAAGGGAUAACUGCAGUUGCUUAAGUCUUGGGUGAAGAGAAAAAGAAACUUGCUUUUUACCUUUAUAUUUAUUGUAAUUCCCGAGAAGUUAAGGUGGGGGGAAUCAAGUGCCUGUUUCCUUGGGAUAUACAAUGAUUCUGUUUCAAUAAAACUAUACUUUGGGGAGGGUGGCUUGGAAUUUUCAUCCCCUUCCUUUGUCCCCAUUUCCCUCUCCCUCACACCAGACUGCACUGUUUCAAUUGAAUGAGGCGUCAUAGUGAGAGUAAUAGGUAUGUUCCUCUAUAACUUAAUGGCUAUAUACUUUCUUGCAUGCACCCUAGGCAAUUUUCUGGACACAUUCUUCUGACUGGGAGCCAAGGGUAGCACAGGUGUAAUCACUGACAGUCCCAGGUAAUGCGUUCCAAAAGCCCAUUCACGAUGGGCUCUAAGUAGUAUAGUUUUUAAGCUUUUUCCCUUGCGAAUGUCUGCGCUCGGCUAAGAGCUCAAAGAUAAAACAAAACACGAUCUAGUUGUAUUUUACUGACUAGAAACACUUCCCACAAUGUAGAAUGGUACAGUUGAGUUUCCACAGGUAGAGUGAUAGCGUGUUACAAUUUGAUUUGAUGCACUGGAGUAGCAAAUCUUAUCAGCACAUAUGGCUAGAAAUUGUACUUCAUUCUCACUUCUGACCUCCCAAUUAAGGCACUACAGUCUGUCCUUUUCUCAUCUGAUGUGAAUUCUCUCGACUAUUGCCAGGACAGUGCUUUCUGUCAAUUCAGACUCAGAAGAGUAGGGACCCAGUCAAUAGAAGAAAUACUCAGACACUUGACAAUAUGGUAUUGGAAUUAUUCACACCUGUUACACUUCUGGGUCAAUGUGCAGCAUAAGGUAAAUGCGAUUCCAGUGUAGGAAUGAAUCUGCAAAGAUGUAUGAAAUGGCUCAAGGCAUAAUCAGUCAUAUUAAUAAUGAAUUACAAUUUUAAGAAGUAGUAGAAAAAUGAGUGUGUUGUUUGAAAAAAAAAAAUUAAACUAUGUUAUUUAAACACUGUUAUUGGAGUGUAUUUAGACUGCAGUACACUAAAACAAGGAACCGGUGUCAAGAUGGUAGCCUCCAAACUGGAUUUCAAAGUCUGCUUAUUCUUUUCUCUGUGGAGUUUUAAAAUAUCUCUAAAGUUAAAGCAAGAAUUGGUGAUUUAGUGAACGCUUCUGUUGUUGUACAUAUUAAUUCGGGUUUGGGGUGGGGGUGGGGGGAGGCUGUAUUUCAAUAAAGGCGUUUUUUAAACAACCCAUUUGGAGUUUGAGAACAUUGGAAACCAAAACACAACUCACUAGGGAGUGGGCCACCUAACUACCGACUUGCUUUGUACGUUACUACGCUUAGAAGAUGUGUAGACUUGUACCUGGGGCCUGCAUCUGAUUGCAGGGACAACUGGAGGAUGGGGUUGAUGUCCCUUCUGACAAUUGAUCUGGUAUUUCUAAAUUUUUUUAGAAUGUAUUGACAGUGUUCUUUUUAACAGGGCCUCUUGUAGCUGUACUGUGACAACAAUGUUAACUUUGAAAAAUAGUGUCAUAAUAAACUUUAUGAACAAGAUCUGUAUGCAACCUUUUAAGAGAUGGAUGUAAGUGACCGCUUUGUAGGUGGGUGGGGUAGCUUAGCUGUUGUUUGUGACGUGGAAAAGUGUAAGCCGAGAGGACAGUGAUUAACCAGCUUUAAAGAACCUAGGAUGUACUUCUUUGAUCCAUACUUUGCUAAGGAGACUCAUAAGACAGGACUUCAGCAGCCUAUUGAGUAUGGAGAAGUCAGCAUAAUUAAAGAAUGACAAGGCAGCAGGAGCAACAGCUUCAACUUCCAGAAAAGUGAAGGCAUAAGAUACUGUGCUGAUAGUGAGCAGCUUUCCAAAGGCUAGUUAAAUCUGCUUAUCACAGCUGAAAUAUCGAAGAAAGUCUAGCAAGAGUUCUUCACCUUUUGGAACCUCCUUGAGUGAUAGCUACUUGAGUUGACUCAAAAUCAAUAGGUCUAGCAUUUAGACCUGAAAGGAAGGGCAAUGAGCAUAGGUUGAAUGAGAAGCUGCUGCUUGACAAAAUGGGGAAUGUCUUGCACAUCCUCUUCAGUUGAAGGUUUCUGACUGGGUUGACAUCUCUAUCUAAGAUUAGCUUUUUCCUGAACUAAAGUAAUCCAAGUAUCUCCGUAGAAGAAAAAUGGCCUUCAUGUAGAAGAUAAUAUCGCAAGAUUGGAAACAGAAUAAUGUUAUAACUGGCAAAGACUUCAAGAGCAAUGGUGCUAGUGUGCUGAAAUCUUAGAACUUGUGGUUAAACAAGUUUAAAAAUAGCAUGGAAAUUAAAAAUUUCAGUAUAGUCCAUAAUGGAUUGAAAUUUGUUAAAAUAUUUCAAUUUUGUAUCAGAAUAAAGUGUAUAUUGUCAAAUGACUUACAAUCUCAAA